ACAGGUGUCACAUUUGCUUCCUUCCAUGCAGUUGGCAUAACCCCUAAUUUUAAGGACAGGUUAAAAAGAUUACAUAUAGAAGGAGAAAUUUGGUCGCCAGUUAGUUUCAGGAUUCUUGCAGGAAUAUUGUCUGGGCCAGAUGCUUUGUUAGGGACCCUAACAAAGCAUCUGGCCCAGACAAUAUUCCUGCAAGAAUCCUGAAAACGCAGAUAGGCAAGCGCGAACUUCACUUUCUGUCAAAACAAUCUCGUUCAGGGAAAACUCAUCUUCAGAAUAAUUUUGUGAGUCAUUGCAUAUAUCAAAAUUAUUGCUCCUCAACCUGUUAGCAAAAAUCUCGGUGUAUGGAUGGACUCUAACUUUACCAAGAGCACACACAUUUUAAGAACUAGUUCUGGGUUUUAUUUCUUAUAUAACAUAAGACGUAUCAGAAAAUAUCUUGCCAGAGAAUUGACUGAGACACUAAUACAUGCAUUCAUAUCAAGUCGUUUGGACUAUUGCGACAGUUUGUUGUAUGGACUACCCAAUUGUCAGCUGGCUCAGGGUUGGUAAGUUAGAUGAAUAAUUAGGCCAAAUCGUCAUUAGUGCCGUUUAGAAAACAAAGGGCCAAGACAAAGAAAGUGUGUGACGGUGUUCGGCCUAAUUAUUCAGCAACCUACCAACCCUGAGCUUGGCUAAGUUACAAAGAGUGCAAAAUGCAGCUGCACGUCUAAUAUUUCAGGAAUCGAAGUAUUGUCGAAUUACACCUCUGUUGAAGAACUUACAUUGGCUACCCGUCAAAUAUCGUGUUGACUUUAAUGUACUUUAACUUACGUUCAAAGCCAUUCAUGGAAUGACUCCACAGUAUUUAAAGUAACCUUAUUACUAUUAGUCUUAGAAAAUCUAAUAGAUACAGUCUUCGUUCUAGCAAUACUUAGCACUCCGUUCCUCAAGUCAUUUAAGACUUUGGGAGAUAGAGCAUUCUGUAUGGCUGCCCCAGUAUUGUGGAACAGUCUACCGUACUUUAUUAGAAAUUGUACCUCUGUAAAUAAUUUUAAACAAUUAGUUAAGAGUGACGUUUUUAUUUCGUCAAGCUUUUGAUUAGCUUGGAACGUUUCUUAGUUUAAUAUAUUUGUAAAAUUCUUAACUUUUGCAAUGCGCAUUUGAAAAUUGUAUGGUUGAUAAAUGCGCAAUAUAAGCUAAUAAAUUAUUAAUUAUUAUUAUUAUUACAGAACUGCAGUUCUGGUGAUUGCUAGUAUCUGCUGUAUAUGUAUAGAUAAUCAUGUGAUGGCGAGUACAAUUAGGGAUUAAUAGUACGAGUGAUAUAUUUUCUUCCCACCGUGGUUAUAGGCAAAUUUUUCAGCUUGCCCGGUGUGGAUGCACACUCAGAGUAACAUCACAAACAUCAUAGCAUGUGUGAUGUUUCAUCCAAACAUCACGAGUACUAUUAAUCCCUAAUUGUUUGAGCAACAUCGCAUGAUUACUUGUUUAUUAUUAGCAUGGCAACAUUGGAUAAUUCUCAAUGUCAACAUCAUAUUCUCUCACCAAAGCCUAGUCCUGCCAGACUUUCAACCAAAAUUUGGUGCUUUUGUUCGUAUGUUAAUUUAGUUCUUUUGCUUUAAGGGCAAUUUCAUUUGUGUUUAAAUACCUUCCCACCAUUUUGUUUGUUUUGGGAAAAUCAUUAAUUGUACUGCAUUAUUAUUAAUGAAAUAAUUGUACUCCUCUCGACCAAUCAGCUGCAUCCAGUAAUUUUGUCAUGCUAAUAAUAAAUGUAAUUAACACUUAGUAAUAAAUUUAGUUAAGUGGAUGAGUUAAAGAAUCUCUGUCAUUAAAUUACCUUGCAGGUAUCAGCCACCCAAAGGAAACUAUACAGAACUGGAAAGAAAAUAUUGGAAAAACAUUACAUAUAAAACACCUCUCUAUGGUGCAGAUGUAGCUGGUUCAAUAUUUGAUGAUGAUGUACAUGCAUGGAAUAUAGGUUGUUUACCAAGCAUUCUUAAUGAUUUAGUUGAGGAAUAUAAUAUCAGAAUUCCAGGAGUGAACACACCUUAUCUUUACUUUGGAAUGUGGAAGUCUACAUUUGCCUGGCAUACUGAAGAUAUGGAUCUGUUUAGCAUUAAUUACAUCCAUUAUGGUGCACCGAAGACCUGGUAGGUGUAUCAGCCUGUGCUUCACAAAGGUCAAUUUUGUUGGUAGUUGUCAGUAAUUGCCAGUAAUCAAAGCUUGGUAGCAAGUUGAAUGAGCUAUAGUGGGUUGUGCUUUUGCUAAGGAAAUAAGUCUAAGUAAUUUCAAUAAUCCUGAUCAUGUGCUGCAGUAUAAAUUAUAUUCUUUAAUUAAUUUUUAUGACUUUGUCUUUGGAGACUGAAAUGAAACGUCAAUAUUGUUUCAGCGGUGAUAUUGCAUGUAAUUGUUUCUAAUGAUUUAUAGAUACACAAGGACUCAAAAAGCAGUUCAAUCUUAUAUGUCAUAACUGCAUAAGAAUCAUACUUAAAGUACGUGUAUCGAUGUACAUGACCACUUAAAUAUAGUAGUUCAAGACUUAUAGCAAAAAUUUCUUUCAUUAUUUUGGCAUGAUGGGCUUUUACUCAUCUCCUCUACUAAUAUCGUCUUACUGACACUGAUUACAUUUGAUAUCUUCCCAGUGUCAUUUAUAAUAUUGUACAUUAUAUGUGAUGAAGUAAGUUCAAGGGGCACUUGUGCACAUGGUUUCGUAACAGCUAAAGAAGACUCUUGCUAUUGUUCAAACUGCAAUUGUGCAUUCUUAUAUAAACUAUAUUUGUUUCGCUGAUUGCACUUAAUAAAUGCUGUAUUAAUGACUCUAUUAAUGUGAUUUGACAUUCCUGACCACUUUAUGAAUUUUCAAUAGUAUUAUUCGUUUCAGUUACACGGCAGGCGCUGCGAUGCCGAAAAGUACGUGGCAAACGUCAUCUGACAUUGCCAACUGAAAUAUGUAGUGGCCAUUAAACGUGCAGCAAAAUCGGUCGGACAAAUCGCGCAGCAUAUAAUAAACGUAUAUCUUUAGUUCAAUGUAAUUUGUUAUAAUUUGAACAAAGACCAAUAUUACUGUAAUUUCAGGUAUGUAAUUCCGCCAGAACAUGGAAAACGUCUAGAGAGGCUUGCUGAAGGUUCGUAUAAGUACAGUACAAUAUUUAUAGUUAAGGCCAUGUAAAGUAUAUCCGGUUUAUCAUCAGUAGCAGUUAAAAACAUCGGCCCUAAUUAUGACCAAAAACAUUUUCUGACUACUAUACAUUAAAUUUGUUUAUCGCUUUCAUUAUACUCUAUUUUCUAGGAUUCUUUCCUGACAGUUCUGGCACGUGUUCGAACUUUCUUCGACACAAAAUGACCGUGAUAUCACCGCAUGUCUUGAAAAGAUAUUAUAUUCCUUGUACAAAGGUAAACAACAGGAUUGCCUUCCUUCAACAACAUAUUCUUGUUCAAGUAUGGUAGAUUAUUGAGAUGAUGAGAUCUAACGUGUUAACUUGUCAUCGUACUAGGAUAGUGAAGUUUUAUAAAUAGUAGCAGGAACCACUUGGACCUUUAUUUGUCUGUAUUGUUUUUCACGUGGGACUUAAUCUCGUGCCCGGUUUGUGUUAAAAACUUCUAACACACUGCCUUGGUCCAAAAUAUGAUUGAGGUUUCUACUCUACCCCUGGUGUCUACCCCUGGUGUGACACACCAGUUACUUAUAGCUCAACUGUGCGGUAUACAUUGAGCUCACUCUCCUCCGCAGAGGCGUAUAGUUAAACCUGUGGUUACUGUAAACAGGAAUGCUAGCUAUAUACAGCUAAUUCAAAAAAGGCUGUCCUUUGCAAACCUUAAACUCUAAACCUUGAACUCUAAGCGCGCAAAGCUUAAUGGGAGCACAAGUUCCAAGCUUAGAAGAACAUAUUUACCAUGUCUCUAAGGAAUGGUCCCCAUAUAUGAUUUCUAAACUGAUUCUGAUUAAAUGAUGCUCCCAUUAUGCUUUGCACGCUUAGAGUUUAAGGUUUAGAGUUUAAGGUUUGCAAAGGACAAACUUUUUUGAAUUGGCUGUAUAGUUAAACAUGCACAAGCGGGCUAUAAUACCCACAAAUUAUGAGGCAUUGCAGAUACGUUCACCAAUUACCUGAAUGCCUCACAAAAAAAAGUGACAUACUGUAUAGCCUCUGCGGAGGAAAGUGCAUUGGUGUAAUAAUUAGCCAAUGACAGGGCAGAAUUGAAUUAAGAAUUGGUCUGUGCCAGUGUAGAUAGAGACGAUAGUAAGAUAACGGCGGAUUGAGAGAGAUACAACUACCUGAAAAAGACAGAAAAAAUACAAGCAGAACUUCGACGUUUCGAGCGAAGCCCCUUCGUCAGGAGGAUAGCAGCUAAAUUUCCGACACGAAGAGUCUUCGCUCGAAACGUCGACUUUCUGCUUGUAUUUUUCAGGUAGUUGUAUCUCUCUUAAUCCACAGUUAAUAAGCGGUAAAGUCUAUUCUGUGCCAUUCACAGGUUGUCCACGAAGCAGGACAGUUCAUGAUAACAUUUCCAUAUGCUUAUCAUUCUGGCUUUAACCAUGGUUUCAAUUGUGCUGAGUCAACAAAUUUUGCAUUUGAAAGUUGGAUUGAUUAUGGCAAGAAGGCGCAACAGGUACUAAGACUAAGUCUUUUACUGUACGUCUAAUGUGUGUGUCCAUUAAUUCAAUAUUUCGCUUAAUUGUGAGCAUCAAUACCUCAAGAAAACAAAACAUGCAUAUGUGUAUGGCUGUCCGCGAUAAGAGAGUACUGUAUAUAUGUGGUAUAUUGUACAGUAUUUUUAGGCAUGGAUCUACGCGUGUAUAUACAGUAAGCGAGCAAUUUUUUCCUGAUUUUUUUUGCUCGUAAAAACAAUCUUAUAACAAUAACAUAACAAUCUUAUGACAAUCUUGCAACAGAGAAAUUAAGGACUUAGUUUUCUUCUACAAGGCACUUUACGUUUCUUUUGUCAACAAUGGUCGCACCCGACCAGUGAAAUGAAUACAUCUGGAACGCUACCUUAUCUGUCUUUUUCUGGAAGCUAAAAUCUGACCUCCAAACACUUGACCCACGUGUUUAUACUUCGCGAUUCUCUCGCGAGACAAGUUCAUGGAGCGAGUAUGCCGUUUUAAACUUUAAUAAGAAAAAACUCAAGUCUACUAGGAAGUUUUACCUGAAUAAAUGCAUUAAUAGAACGUUUUCAGCGCUAUGAAAAAGCUUUUUUAAGCCGAUUUUUCAAAAAUACAUAUUCAUGUUGACGGAUUGACCGUGCUCUUCGCAUGCGUGAAAAGACUGGGACUGACCUUCAAGUUUGGCUUCAAAUUUCCAUGCAGUUGGAGGUAGCGUUCCAGUUAUAUUAAUUUCACUGCAUCCGGCUAAGUCAAAGUUCUGCCCUAACUCUUAGUUCCAUUUUCCAAAUCGUCCACCUUCCAAGCUUGUUUAUGGACUUCUGCUUGUAAAAUACUUCCUAGUUCCUACUAGCUUCUCCAGCCUUUCCUCCUUUAAACGAUCACUUAAGAUACUUGUAGAGAUUUACUCGUGAUAACCUUUGAUGUGGACAUGAUAUGUACAGGGUCAUUAAUGCGUUAUUGGUGUGAAAGUUCGUAGAAAAGGAUGAAAAAUAAAAAUUCAAUUUUACAUCUAAUGUUGUUGCAAAAGAAACAUUAACUGAUAUUUGCCGUAAGAUUUCUGAAACGAAAGAUUUUCCGAAAGAAGAGCCUAUCUGAUGUCUUUCGUUCUCUGUUAUGUAGUGUGACUGUCAGUCAGAUUCUGUGAAGAUUGACAUGGAUAUAUUUGUGAAGAAGUACCAGGUAGGUAUACUGUAGUGUAUACUAUAAAUCUUGAACUUGGAUAAACGUUGAUUAAGGUUAGAAAAAACAGCAAACAACAAGUACUUUUUAUUUGCAACAGCAGUUCAUUGCAGACUAUUUUAUUAGCAGCGACGCCAUCUUGAAAUCGCAGUGUAUUGCUUGCAUGAGUCUGACAGGAAGAGAUAGCCCUUCAAGGCAACUUUACUGUACUUAAAAAUAUAACAACUUCCAGACGAGGGGCCUUCGCCGAAGAUUUUCAGGUAGUUUAAUCCUGAAAUCCGUCAUAUAUAUUGUUAAUUGCAACCUACAAUAACAUGUAUACACACUGCAAAAAAUUUGACUCAAAAACUUGAGUAAAGUAGUGCACCCACAGUGAAUGAGCAAAUUGACCCGUCUUCCUAAGUAAAGUAAAUCUUUACUCCAAAAAUUUAGUUACGACAUAAGAUGGAGUAAAUUGCUCAUAAAUUUGAGUACUUAAAAUUUCGAGUCACUGUAGGUGCAUUAUUUUACUAACAAAAACUCAGUGUACUUAGUGAAACCGCAUAUUCAAGACUCUUUUAGUCUAGGCUUGAUCUUGUUGAUUAUGUACCAUCCAAGGUUGUCCUUAGUAGGAUUGAUAAUUUUCCUUAUAAGCGAAGCAGAGCCGCGUCAUUUGCUCCAUAAUUCAUAAAACACAAUUUUUUGAUACUUUCGAAAUAACACGAGCCCUUCAUGCAAACACAGGCGAGAUACUGUGCCAUUCAUAACAUUAUUACUGUAUAAAUAACCUUGUAAUGUUUUCUAUUGCCUUUCAGCCUGAACAAUGGCAGGAAUACAAAGCUAGUCGAAAGAAUGACUGCGACUCAUCAGAUGAAGAUGAUCUUCCUUUGGUCGAGAUAGCAAAGAAGUAUUCAAAGAAAAUGAGGAAAUCUGGUAGAUGCAAAAGUUGA